AUGUCUGUCACGAUGGAACUCGCAUCGGCACGUCCAUAUGCUUUCAAAUUCCGACCGGAGUCGACUGCUCUCCUCAUUAUCGACAUGCAAAGGGACUUUCUAGAUCCUAAUGGCUUCGGAGCCAUCCAGUGCGGCAACGAUAAAGUCUUCGCCAGCGUUCGCAGCAUUGUACCUAGGACGAAGGAAAUCCUCCGCAAAGUCCGAGAGAUGGGUAUGCAUGUCCUGCACACCCGGGAAGGCCACCAACCAGAUCUCUCCGACUUGCCACCAGCGAAACGUCUUCGGCAGACUUCUGCGCCCUCAGGUCAUCACACAAUAGGAAUCGGCGACCAAGGUCCCAUGGGUCGCUUGCUUAUCCGCGGGGAGUAUGGGCACGACAUCAUCGAUGACCUGAAACCGCAUCCUGGAGAGGUCGUGAUCGACAAGCCAGGCAAAGGGUCGUUCUGGGACACGACUCUUCACCGGGCACUGCUCGCUCGUGGCAUAACCCACUUACUGAUUGCUGGCGUGACGACGGAGUGUUGUGUGAAUACUACUUUCCGGGAGGCAGCCGACCGUGGCUUCGAAUGCUGCGUGUUGACCGACUGCACAUCCGGCUUCGACUCCAGUUUUGUUACUAAAUCACUCGAUAUGAUGUGCUCCUACGACGGUCUGUUUGGUUACGUCGGCACGUCAGAAGAGCUACUCAAGUGUGCCCCCCAAACAAUGAUAUCUCCACCGACGACGCCACCAGGCUUUCAAGGAGAUCUAUCAAUGCCAACAUUGCGAGCACAGUACAUCGGUCGGCAAGCUACGCCAUCGGAAGUGGUUAAGCAUGUCUGCCUGCGGAUCCAGGAGUACCAGGCAAAGGACCCAGCUGUAUGGACAUAUCUGCAACGUUCGGACGACAUCCUUCAGGCGGCGCUUCAGCUAGAGCACAAAUUUGCAAACCAGCCACUGCCAUCAUUAUAUGGACUGCCGUUCGCGGUCAAGGAUAACAUCGACGUGGUUGGUGUGCCGACUACUGCAGCUUGUGACGAGUACACCUACACGCCAUCACGCAGCGCAAAGGUUGUGGACGCAUUGCUGGACGCCGGUGCAAUCUUCAUCGGCAAGACGAACUUGGACCAGCUAGCAACUGGUCUGUCAGGCUGCAGAUCACCCUUUGGUUAUCCACGCAGCGUGUAUGAUCACAAUCGCAUAUCGGGCGGCUCUUCGUCGGGAUCUGCCGUCGCUGUUGGUGCUGGACUAGUGACGUUUGCCCUGGGAACAGACACCGCAGGCUCCGGCCGUGUUCCAGCCGCGUUCAAUGGCAUCGUGGGAUUUAAGCCAACCAAAGGCACACUCUCAGCUCAGGGUCUUGUACCAGCAUGCAGGAGUCUGGACACCAUCACUGUUCUUGCACCCACAGUCGAAGAGGCGCGGGCAGUGUGGCUAGUAGCUGAUCAAGGCCCAGAUGAGUCGGAUCCAUGCGCAAAGUCGCAACAAUCGCUACCGCUGUGGCAUGUCGACUUUCGUGGGCCGAAGGUUGGUGGUUUUACGUUUGGCGUACCACCAGAAAGUGCGCUGCAAUGUUGUACUAGCAGUUACCGCGAUCUUUUCUCGAAAUCGGUGGCCAGAAUGGAGCGUGCAGGCGGCAAAGCACAGGUAGUAGACUGGGCUCCCUUCGACAUGGGAAGCAAACUACUAUAUGAAGGUGCCUUACUCAACGAGCGGAUAGCUUGUCUUGGUCCCAAAUUUUUGGGCGACAACCACGAGAGGCUACAUCCUGCGCUCCGUGAGCUGUUCGGCAAGGCUCUGGCGCGCGGAACGCAGCCUUGGCAGGUCUAUGAAGAUCAGCAUGUGCAAGUAGCAUGCACACGACAAGUUGCGAUGGUUUUCGAGAAGAUUGACGUCCUUCUGGUGCCGACUGUGCCGUGUCACCCCACGGUGGCUGAGAUGGAGGCAGAUCCCGUUGUUUUGAAUGCAAGAUGUGGCGAGUUUACGCACUUCGGAAAUGUUUUGGAUUUGUGUGGUUUGGCCUUGCGGUCUGGGUUUAAUGACGGAGAGAGUGGCCAAAGGUUGCCAUUUGGAGUUACUUUGCUCGGAGCCAGUGGCACUGAUGCGAAGAUCUUUGACAUUAGUCGGGAGUUUGAGAGGACCCAGUGA